AUGGAGAUAAAAAACUAUGCCUCAAAGCUUGUAAAACCUUCAAAACCAACUCCAUCCACUCUUCGUCGCUAUAACAUCUCUGUCUUUGAUGAACAAGUAGCUAACAUCAACACAAAUCUCAUCCUCUACUACACUGCAUCAUCACAAAAUGAUAAUAAACAUUUCGACAUCUUUAGUCAUAAUUUAGAGAUUUCGUUAUCAAAAACCUUAACCGAUUUUUACCCAUUUUCUGGUAGAUACAUUCGGAAUGCUUCCUUAGUCAAUUGUAGUGAUCAAGGUGCUCUAUAUGUCCAAGCCAAAGCAAAUUUCAGACUCUCGGAAUUUUUAGGGCUAGCAUGGGACUUGAAACUCGAUAUGCUACAAGAUUUGCACCCGUGUGAUUUCGGUGAGGCUGGUGAAAUAGAUGAUCCUAUGGUUUCUGUUAAGGUUACAAAGUUCGAAUGUGGUGGUGUUGUUAUUGGUAUGUCUUUUUCACAUAAGAUUUCUGAUAUGUCUACAAUGUGUAUAUUUAUUAAUAAUUGGUCCGCUAGAACAAAAAGCCUACAAAUAGGAGUCAAUAAUGAAGUAGAAUUAGAAAAAAGAAAAUAUUAUCCUGAUUUUAGUUUGGCCCAACUUUUUCCAAAAAGAGGUCUAAUUGAUAAUAGCCCAAGAGUUCCAAGGUCAAGAAUUGGAAUGAAAAAUCAAGUACAAAAAUUUAUAUUCACAAGAAAUGCUAUAUCUAAAAUAAGAGAAAAAAUAAACAUGAUUGAUGACAAUAAUAGGCCAUCAAAAGUACAAAUUAUUGUAGCAUUGUUAUGGAAGGCCUUGGUAGGCAUAGAUAAAGCAAAUGGACAAUCAAAGAUCGCAUAUGCAUACCAAGUAGUUAACAUGAGGAAUAAAGUAGUCCCUAAAUUAGCCGAUAACUCAUUUGGCAACUUUGUUACUUUUGCAAUUGUGCAUAUUAAUCCCAAUGAAAGAGACAAUGUCGUUGAUCUUCAAGGUUUCGUUAAGCUCUUGCACGAGUCAAUCAAAGAUAUAGAUAAUAUUUGUGCCGGAUUAAUGACACACGGUGACACAAAAUAUGAGCUUUUGUCUAAGCGCUUAAUGGAGAAUAGCCAAGAUUCUAGCAAUAAGGAGAUAUACUACUUUACUUCUUGGUGCAGAUUCUCAUUCUAUGGAGCUGAUUUUGGUUUGGGUAAGCCGAUUUGGAGAAGCCCAGGAAAGUUUCCGGGCCAAAAUUUAGUGACCAUGAUGGACUAUGAUCAAGAGGGUGGUGAGGGGAUAGAAGCAUGGGUUCAUUUAGAUGAAAAUCGCAUGUCCCAAUUAGAACAAGAUCCCGAUAUUAUGGCCUAUGCAAUUUAAUUAGGCUCAUUUGUGGUAUGAUCAUUAUACGAUUUUUCUUUUGUGGCUCCGACUGUUUUUGUGUCGGUAUGUAAUAAAGAUGUCUUUAUAACCAGAUAUUUAUCGAAUUAAUUUUGAUUAA